GAUCUAUGUCUACAUUUAUAAACACCAAGUCUCUGUUAUUAUUAUUGUUAUUAUUAAUUAAUGUCUACAAGCUACAGUAUGUUAUUUAUUUAUCUGUGACAACAGAACAAUGAUGAUCAUGCUGUUCCAUCUGAUCAAUCAUCAUCAGUGGUUCUCAUUUUUUUUUUACCCAAGGACCUCUUCUCUUUAUUAAGACAAAACCUGCACACAUUCUACAUGGAAAUGCAUGGGUUCAAUUUAAUAGGCCAGACAAUACCCUGUUGGGAAUAUACAAAUCAUUUGCUUAUAGUAUCCAAUAGUAAUUAUGCAUGGACAAAGAACAUAUUCAUUAAGAAAACACAAUGAGAUUUCUAAGGCUGCUUUAAAUCAACAGAAAGAUUUGUUAUUCAAUGAAAUAGUGCUGAAAGAAGAAUGUUCAGAGAAUUCAGCUCUAAAGCCUCAAAUACAUUCUAAACACAAGGACAAAGCGGUUAAAAAACGCCCAACUAAAGGCAAUAGGAAAAGAAAUCUGCAUGAUUCCAUUCAUUUGUUCAAAGACACAUUACUGAGAAAGAAGAAAGUGAAAGAAAAUUUCAACUCAAAAGGAGCAACUAGAAACAAAGAGCAAUGUCUAGGAAGUCCAAAGAUAAUGGAUACACUUGUAAGCACUGAUGAUACUUCUGAAUCACUCAUCUUGUUGCAAGAUCCUGAUGAUAAAUAUAAAUCAAGAAAUUUUGUUUGUCAGCAAAAGUUUAAUCUCAAGGGAGACAAAUCUGACUUACCCUGUGAAGAAUUUGAUCUGGAGGAAAGUAUUGAGAUUCCAAGAGAUAUCAAAGGGACUUGGAGUGGGCCCUCCAGACUCCUUGGGAUUAGUCCUCCUGUAGAUCUAGUACCCAGUGAUGAUGAGUGUCUGAUUACUUCUCCACCUCCCAGCACAGCAAAGAAAGAAAAGAUAUUAUCUGAUGAGAACUGGGUUACAUACAGUUCUGAUGUACACGGAGCUAGAAGUGUAUCUACUGACACAGGAAGUUGCAGGAAAUCAAUCUCAUCCAAGUUUACAUACACAUAUAUAUCAACAUAUACAGAAAAUUCCACAGAGAGCAAAACUUCCUGUGGUGAAAGGUCAUCCUCACCUCAUGUGAUCUUCAAGAAAGCCUGCCCUAACUUAAACUCAACUACUUACUGGAAUAAGGAAGAUAUUGGUGCCAUACAUUUUCCAGACUCUAUAUCUCCUAUAUUCAAAAUGCCUGAUGUUCCUAAAAAUGAACUUUUAAAAAAGAAUCAAGAAAAGUGGAAAAGCCUCAGGGUGCAUGAAAAAGUUGAACAGGAACCUAAAUGUUCCACUCAAUUAUUUGUGUCUAUUUCUUCAAGCCAGAACAAAAUGUUUAACUCUGUUUCAACAAUACCUGAAGACAGUAAGACCCAAGGGCCUCAAGAAACUUUUAAUCCAGAGACAACAAAAACAGGAUACAAUGUGAAAGGUGUUUUUGAAAAUUCAGCAGAGCUUGUACCAGUUAGUAAUAAGGUUGAUGUAGUGGCUCCAAAUAAAGAAGUGAAGUCCAGUACACCUCAUCAUGGCUCCACCAGUGUAUUCACUCUUGACCUGUCACCAAUCAAAUCUGUUCAUGAUGAGGAUGAACUCUACAUACACUCCAGCAAAGAUGUCAACUCAGAGGAGAUCAUUGUCCCCAGCUUGAUGCAGCUGUCUGAUCUCUCAGAGAAAGUUUCUCUUCCAAAAGUAAAUCAUGAGGAUCAAACUUAUCAAGUAAACCAGACUCAGGUGGAACCUGCUGAGACCAUGCCAGUUCAGUUAGAGAUUAUUUCUGAAGAGGAUAAACAGAGUGUUGAAGUCUUUCACCAGAUUGAAUUGAUUGAACAUCCACACCAGACAACUGCCCACAUUACCAGUGACCAGGACACAUCAUUGUGUAAUAGUGAUAAAGCCAUGGAUAGUUUGAAGUCCCAUUGUGAUAAUGUCCAAACUAGGGUGAAACCACAUGAGGGCUGUGGUCAACUAAUUGCACAUCAUGACAGUGUCAAAGUAAAUGAAAGACAGAAUCAACAGAGUUUCAGCAAGAACAAAAUUAUAGCCUCCCCUAUCAGCAGGUCUGUUCAAAACAAGAAUGAUUCCCUAGAUAGCAAUGCUUGUCAAAGCACUCUACAAGAUCAGGUAACUCAUCAGACUGAAGUCAUAAAAGUUGAAGACCAAACAAUAUUCAAGGAUUCUGUUUGUGCUACCUGCUUUGGUCAUAUAUGUAGCCAGGGGAUUUACAAACUUUGUUUGGUCGGUAAGUUGUGUGCCAUCAGUCAGUCCAUUCUGAAGCGUGCUCAGUAAUAUUUACCCUGAAAAAAGUGAUAAUCUAAGUCACUCAGUACUGAAAAAAGUGAUAAUCUAAUUUAAUCAGUACUGAAACAGAGUGAUAAUCUAAGUCAAUCAGUAUUGAAACAAAAAGAUAAUCUAAGUCAAUCAGUACUGAAACAAAGUCACUGAUAAUACAAGUCCACUUAGUUUUGAAACAAAGUCUGUGAUAAUUUGUUGCAGUCAGUGACAUGUAACAGUUUUUUUCAAAAAUAACAAUGAGUUUUUGUUUGCCAGACAUUUUGUUCUCUGUAAAGUUUUUUUUUUUUCUUGAAUGUGUGGUUAGGUUCAGUGUGUUUUUUUUUUUCUUGAAUGUGUGGUUAGGUUCAGUGUGUAGUUUUUUUUUUCUUGAAUGUGUGGUUAGGUUCAGUGUGUUUUUUUUUUCUUGAAUGUGUGGUUAGGUUCAGUUUGUUUGAAUUGCUUUUUUUUCUUGAAUGUGUGGUUAGGUUCAGUGUGUUUUUUUUUUCUUGAAUGUGUGGUUAGGUUUAGUGUGUUUGAAUUGUUUUUUUUUUUCUUGAAUGUGUGGUUAGGUUUAGUGUGUUUGAAUUGUUUUUUUUUUCUUGAAUGUGUGGUUAGGUUCAGUGUGUUUUAAUUGUUUUUUCUUGAAUGUGUGGUUAGGUUUAGUGUGUUUUAAUUGUUUUGUUUUUUUCUUGAAUGUGUGGUUAGGUUCAGUGUGUUUUGUUUAAUUGUUGUUUUUUUUUUAAUGUGUGGUUAGGGGUCAGUAAGUGUGCUUUGUUUAGUCUAAAUGCUUGUUUACUUUGAUUCGAAUUGAUGUUUCCUUUCCUAAUACAUGAUGAUAUUAACAAAAUGUUGAUUAUUGAAUCAGUGAAAUCAGUAUCACUAUGUUUGUGUGUUUGUGCUGAUAUAAUUUAGUAUAAAGAAAAUAAGAUUAAUACUUAUUGUGAUUCAGAACAUUGAAACUUAUUGGGUAAUCUCAUGUUAUCCAUACACACCUGCUGGCACAGUAAAGGGCAGUUUACACUCUUUACAUCUUAGCUGGAGCAGAUCUUAACAAAGUUGUCUUCCCUUAACCAGAAACUAGAUCAAUUCUAUUGGUUCAGUUUUCUUUAUUUGUUCUUUGAUUUGCAUGCUUUCAGUAUAGGAACAGUUGUAAGGUGAGAACUGUCGAGUAUUGAACUAGCAUGCACAUUUUCUACCAAUUGUAAUUAAAAAUAAUAUUUAAUUAUUUUCAUCAUUUUACCUUAUUAAUCCAUUCUGAUCUAUACAAUUGUAAAUGUAAUGAAUUUUCAUUCAGAAUGAGUUAUUAAAAUAUUUAAAUGACUUUGUUAUCGACAUGUUAUAUAAUUUAUUUUCUCUCUCUAUGUACUAAAAGAAAUGAAAUCAUGUACGUAUCUAUUUCUAAGGUUCAAUUUGUUCUUAAGAUUUAAAAUGACAGUUAAAAUAAUUGCUGUUUAUUUUUUUGUUUUGUUUACCUAAAAUGAAUUUAAAGCUUUAACAUAUAUUUUUUGCUAAAAUAAAGGAAAUAAUUAUUACAAUUUUUGUUAAUGAAAUUCUUGUGAAAAACAAAAUUGUUUGGCAGACAAAUUAUUAUUCACUUUUAGAUUUAAAAUUGUGGAAAUAUACAAAUAAUGACAUGUACAUUUGACAAACCUUCAUCUACGCAUUUUGAAUUAUGAUUCAUAAUAUUUGUCUUUGCCUUAGCAUGUUUGCAUUCUGGUUUUCAUUGAAUGAAUAUGAAAUUAUGCUUCAUGUUAUCCUAUGUUUUUAAUGAUAUGAAAACUAAUUAUUUAACUUUGCUUUAGUUUAUGUUUCGUUGAUUAUUGAUCAAAGUUUGCAUUCUGUUGUACAUUUUGUUCAGGACCUACUUUUGCUGAUAAUUCCUCUAUAAACUGGAUGUUUGAUCAACUGUGUAUACUAUUUAUAGUUGCUAACUGUAAUGGCUCUUGUUUUGUUAGUGGUUCAUUGCUUUGCAGUAGGGGAAGGAGAAAUGCCUUGUGAUAGCUUUGUGUGAUAAAUUUCAUUGGAUCUGUUCAGAUGAUUACUCAACAGAAUAACCGUCAUAUGGUAUAAUAAUGUGAAUAUUGUGACAUUAAUUUCUUGGCAGAAUGUUCAAUGAAUGUAUAUAAAUAUUUGAAUAUAUUUACUGAUACAUACGCUUAUAGAGUAGUCCUUAUUUCAUGUCUUUUCCACAAAAGUUAUCCUUCAUUAUCUCCCCUGCAUCUUACCUUCUUCCUUCUAAAAGAUAAUAAUAGUUCAUCACUACUAGUCUCGUAUGUAACAGUUGUAUUCUGAAGGGCACUCUUAUUAAUUCCCCUUUAACAAUACUUUAGAAGUCACUUUCUAACUCAGGGCUGUUGGAAUAGAGUUAUCUAACAUAGACUCAAGUCAUAGUACUAGGGAAUCAAAUGGCUAGAUACACACAUUGGAAAAAUCUUUUUGCAACCUUUGAUAAUACUUGUGCAAUGUUUACAAAUUUUUUGUUUAUUAAAUAAAAGCAUUACUGUUGGGAAA